AAGGAAAGCACACGAUCGGGCAGAAGAAGAAAAGAGGAGAAAAGAAGGAAGAAGAAAGAAGAGAGAAGAAGAAGAGAGAGGACUUUACGAAUUCAUGUCACAGGUGCUUCACCAAGUUUAUUAGCAGCGCUUGGUAUUCAGUUAGUGGUCAAUAGAGCGAGAGUGAUAUCGAUUUGAACUUUUUGAAGAUGUACUUUUGAGUUUAGUAUUAGGCUGCGGUUUUUAAGUGAAAAUUGUUCUGGGAUUUGGGGUGUGACAACAACAAUGGCAAAGUUAAAACAUGUCCUUGUUAUACCAUUUCCUGCACAAGGUCAUGUCAUUCCUCUCUUGAAACUCUCACACUGUAUUGCUGACUAUGGAGUCAAGUUGACGUUUGUGAACACAGAGUCCAUUCACGCACAAGUGAUGACUGCAAACCCUGGAUUGGACGACGAAUCACAUAGGAUUAAGUUUGUCGCAAUUCCAGAUGGGCUCGAAACUGACGAGGAGCGAAAGGACCCAAUUAAGAGGCUGGAUAGCAUGUUAAGGGUGAUGCCUGGUCAUUUGCAGGAGUUAAUUGAGAAAGUAAAGAAGCAGUCAAAUGGCAUUGAAGAUGAACAGAUCAGCUUCUUGAUUGCGGACGUGAUGGUUGGAUGGGCACUGGAAGUCGCCGAAAGGAUGGGAAUUCAACGAGCCACGUUUUGCCCACCCUCAGUUUCCUCUCUGGUCUUGGCACUUCAUAUUCCAAAGUUGAUCGAGGGUGGAGUCAUAGAUAACAAUGGCUUUGUUCUGAAGAAUGAUCUCAUCAGGAUAUCGAAGGACCUUCGUUCAUAUAAGAGUAGUGACCUCGUUUGGAGUUUCCCUGAAGACCCAGCGACUCAGAAAGCAAUUUUCAAAUACCUAUCAUCCAUGGCGCAUUACAGCAAACUCUCAAACUCAUUCCUUUGCAAUUCCUUCCAUGAACUCGAGGCAUCAGCUUUUAGUGUCAUUCCUGGAGCUCUCGCAAUAGGUCCGUUAAUUGCGAGUGCCCAAUUAUUUCAAUGCAGAGGAAGCCUGCGGAAGGAGGACUCAACCUGCUUGAACUGGUUAGACCAACAUCCAGCCCUGUCUGUCAUCUAUGUCGCCUUCGGAAGCACGACAGUGUUUGGUCCAGAACAAUUCUAUGAGAUCGCCCAUGGACUCGAACAGGCCACCCAACCAUUCCUGUGGGUCAUACGCCCAGACAUCACCGACGGGCCAGUCAGUGAGUUCCUGGACGGGUUCCUUCAAAGGGUGAGGAAUUAUGGGAAGGUGGUCCAAUGGGCGCCACAAGAGGAGGUCCUAGCACACCCUUCAGUGGCGUGCUUCUUCACUCACUGCGGUUGGAAUUCCACACUGGAAGGCCUGAGCAAUGGAGUCCCACUUCUCUGCAGGCCUUACUUCACAGAUCAGUUCCUGAACAAGAGCUUAAUAUGUGACGUAUGGAAGGUGGGUUUAGGAGUUGAUUCUGAUGAAAAUGGAUUGAUAAGUAGGCAUGAAGUGAGAGAAAAGGUAUCAGCAGUUCUUGGGAGUGAUGAGAUAAGGGCAAAUUGCCUGAGGGUGAAGGAGAUGGCCAGGAAGAGUAUUAGCGAAGGAGGGUCCUCCCUGAAGAAUCUGCAGAGCUUCAUCGAACUCGUGAAGGCUUGAGGGGUUCUUCCCGUUCCUGUUUAGUGCCUAAGAAUGAGCUCUGUUUUAUUCUUUUAUAAAUUGCUAAUAUCCCGGGUUCCGAA